GGUAUUGGUUGGAGUAAACAGCACCUUGAUGCUUUUGACGAAUACGUGGAGCUCGCCACUCCACCACUUUCCACGGCCGACUGCUUCAGGUUUAUUUUUCUUCGACUGUUGCCAUGGGAAGACAUACAAGGGUACCUCUUUUUUGCUGAAGUCUGGCUCUCAUUGGUGGACUACGGGCGAAGAGAGGUUGGUCGAAGAAUUGGUCUGUUCCGAGCUCAGAUUGGCCGCCAUUUGGACGAAUACCUUGAGAUCACCGGGUAUGAACGACCUAACCUCAAGUUCGCUCAACAAACUGCU